AUGGCAACAUGUUUGACGGUAGAUUCUUCGGUAUCUCCGGCAAACUUGGUGAAUUUUGGGAAUUUCCACCCCUUAUGCAAUUCUGUUUGUAAAACAAAAUCUGGUAAAGGAGAAGAGUAUGUCGACCUCUGUCAAAAUUUACCAGCUAACAGAGAUGUCCCUAGAAUAGUAGUCGGUGAUGUGUUUCAGUAUUUUGAAGUUCUCAAUAUUGUUAUUCUCCAUUGUAAUAUCUUCAAUGGAAUUGAUCAUGUGAGACACAAUGAGGAGUUGAUUGCAACUAGCUUUGUUUCAUGUCGAUUAUAUAAUGAUGAAUUGGAUGAUGCAGAAGUGGUGAUUUCUACAGAAGAAGAAGGUAAUGUUAUUAAUAGUCAUAAUCAACUUAAAGAAAAUCUUGCAUUGAUGAACAAUUAUUAUGCUAAGAAUUCUGGUAGAGUUAUAAUUAAUUUAAAUUCCAAGAAUGGUAAUGCUAAUGUUAAUGGUGAUGAAAAAUAUUGUUAUUAUGGUCUUUACAAGGUUGGUAGGGUUCAUCCAGAAAUUGGAAAAUCAGGUUACAAGUUUCUUUUGGUUAAAUCACCUGAUCAUAAAAAGAUUUCUUGCAAUGAAUUGAGGCAGUAUAAACAAAUUGUUAAAAGAGAAAAGUGUUUGAAAUUUGUUAAAAAUAUUUCUGAAGGAAAAGAAUAUUUUCCUAUAUUUAGGGUUGAUUGUAUGGAUUUCGAAAGUGUUCUGAAUUUUCAAUAUAUUACUCGCAUGGUAAAUCAUGAAAGGUAUAAGUCUAAAAGGUUUAAUCCUCUUAAAGGCAAUGUUGGGUGUGAAUGUGUUGGUAAAUUUUUAGACUCAGAUAAAUAUUCAUGUGCUGUGAAGAAUGGACGAAAAUUUCCAUUUAACAUGAAUGGAACUAUUGAGGCAACAAAAAAGAAUACAUUUUAUGAGUGUGGUUUUUAUUGUAAGUGUUAUUCAAAAUGUUGUAAUAGAGUUUCUCAAAAUAAAAUUAAAUUUCCUCUUGAGAUUUUCAAGACUAAGGAAAAAGGGUGGGGUGUGCGAUCAGAAAAGAAAAUUCCUUCAGGAAGUUUUAUAUGUGAGUAUUUAUGUGAGAUAAUUGAAGAUAAGCAAGCUGUAAAAAUGAUUGACAACAAAGAGUGUUUAUUUAACAUUGGUAAUACAAAUCACAAGGAUGGCGUGUUUACCAUUGAUGCUGGUAAGAUUCCACACAUCAUGCUAUUUACAACCGAAGACAUUCUGCAAAAGACAGAGUUGGCUUACAAUUACAAUUACAAGUUAAAUCAAGUGGUUGAUAAUGGAGUUGUGAAGAAGAAGUAUUGCUAUUGUGGAGCUUAUGACUGCGUUGUUAGACUAUAUUAA